AUGGAGGCUCUCGACAAGCCAGCUUCUUCGUAUUUCCAGGCUGCCGACUACAUCAUUUUCGGCUCGAUGAUGUUGAUUUCAUUAGCAAUCGGGUUGUACUACGGCUGCAGCGGUGGGCGUCAGCGUACCUCUACCGAGUACGUUCUAGCCGACCGUAGCAUGACAUUCUUCCCGGUCACACUUUCCCUGCUCUCAAGCUUCUUCUCGGGAAUCUCGAUGCAGGGGAUCCCGGCCGAUGUCUACUAUCACGGCCCAGUGGUCAUCUGGCGUGCCAUUCCCCUGACAAUUGGUGGGAUACUGGCCAUUGCAUUCUAUCUGCCGUUGUACUAUAGCCUUGGAUUGACUUCUGUAUAUGAGUACUUGGGAAUGCGUUUCAAUGGAGUGGUCAAGAAUUGUGGAGUGGUGUCGUUCCUGAUCUACGCUUUAUUUUACAUGGGAUUGGUGAUCUAUGCAGCGUGUAUAGCGGCUACUGCAGUAAUGGACAUCAAGUUUGAAGUUGCCGUUUUUUGCGUAUGUGCUGUUUGUGCAGUUUACACAGUCAUUGGUGGCAUCAAGGCCAUUUUGUGGAUCGACAGUGUUCAGAUGCUACUAAUGGUCGCAACUAUUCUUGCCGUAAUUUUUAAGGGAGUCAUGGAUCUCGGCAUUGUACGCAUAUGGGAGACUUCAGUUAGGGGGCAUCGGGCUGACUUUUUCCGAUUUCAUACAGAUUUGACGGACUUCUAUAACGGAUGGGGAGUUAUCAUUGGACGUAUUACUUUGAUCAAUGUUCUGAUAGCCAACCAAUACAUGGUGCAGAGAAUGGUCGUCUGCAAAUCAGAAAGAACUGCAAGAUUAGCUAUAUACGGGUGUAUGAUUGGUUUCUUGUUCGUGAAUAGUCUACUCGUGCUGGCCGGGAUGACCAUUUACGCUUAUUACGAGGACUGUGACCCGACUACAAUGGGAUACAUCAAGAAAAACGACGAGAUUUUACCGUACUUUGUGAUCGAUGUGUUUAGUCAUUUACCCGGAGUCCCUGGCUUGCUCCUCACUGGACUAUUUGGUGCCGCCUUGAGCACUAUGUCAUCCGUCCUUAACGCAAUUGCAACUGUAAUCGGAGAGCAUUUCGUGAAGCCGUUUGCACGAGGAAUGAAAGACACAACGUACGCCUUUGUUUUAAAGAUGUUAGUUUUAGUUGCAUCAGUGAGCACUCUUGCGGUAUCGUUUGUUAUCCCCUUUAUUGGCGAUAUUGUUGCGGUAAGCGAUGACAUCUUUGCAAUGUUUUUCUUUUUCGAUCCUGUUCAGUGUUCAAUGCAGCCUGUCAAACUCCAAAUCUGUGUGGAAAUGACCUCUGAGUGGGUCAAACUGACGCAUAAUCCGUUGGACACAGAUUCCGAGUUAAUUCUGACCUAG